CCAUGUGAGGGUUUUAGCCCUCUCAUAAAACACCAUCUCCACUUCUCUUCUUCACUCAUUUCGAAACCAUCAACAAAAUGGUGUCUCCAUUUAACAAAAAAACCCCAUAAAUCUAAUAACCUUUAGGGUUUCCAAAUGGAUGAUUUAACCGGUGAUGAUUUCGGUGAUUUAUACUUAGAUGUUGUGAUUCAAGCGAGUUCAGUCAUCGAUUCAUUACCAAACUCCAGUAAUUUAUGUACAGAAUCAGAAUCACAUCAAGGAAAUGGAGGCAGCGAUCAUAAAAAGGUUAAUCAAAGCAAAAAAGAAGAGAACCUGGUGUCGGAGACCAAGGAAUUAAACGAGGAGAAGUUAGGGGUUUUGGAGGAGGUUGGUGAUGGGAGUGAUAGUGAAGAUGAUCUGAAUAUUGUUUUGAAUGAUGAGGAUUGUAAAGGGUUUGAAGUUGGCAGAGAAAGGAACGGUAAUGGUAAUGGCGGUGGCGGUUUCGAGGAGGAAGAGGGGGAGGAGGGUGGUGGUUUUGUUGUUGCUAAAAAUGGAGUAGAAUGUGGUGCUAGUGGGAAUGGAGUAAAGGGUGUUCAUCACUUGCCGCAUUUGCAUUAUAAGAAUGUAAGACCUUAUGGAUCAUCAUUUCCGAGCAAUAAAAAAGGCAAUGAAUCUGCUGGGGUGGCAUCUUGUUCUUCUAGCUCUGCUAGAGGUAAUUGGGAAGAUAACAGGUGCAAGCAACACAAGGUAAAUUCAGGCCGGGUUGCUAAUUUUCAUGCUACAACCAAUUCAGUACUAUCUCAUGGUGGAUAUGGUUACUCACUUCCAUGGUAUAGGAGUAUACUAGAUGUAAAUAUUGAUGCAUUUGAAGAAAAGCAGUGGAGGUAUCCUGGAGUUCAUAUAUCCAAUUUCUUCAAUUUUGGUUUCAAUGAGGAUAGCUGGAAACAGUACUGCAUGUCAUUGGAGCAAUAUGGGCAACAGUCUUACAUGCAUGGUGCAAUGUCAAUUCUUCAUUCUUCAAAAUCUACCCAGGCUUAUGGAUUCGGACCUGAGCAGAAUAGUAUAGCUAUAGCUGACCAUAUUAGUCAAGUUGAUUCUUCAUCAGAAUAUGCUGAUAGAGGGGGGAAGCAGCUGGGAUUGCGAAAAGGCAGACCAAUUCAGGUUGAAGACAGCACUGGUGAACGUCAACCAACCAUGGAUCUAAGGCGUCCACGUGUUUGGGAUUCUGAUGUUGUUAUAAAGAUCAAUGUGCAGGACUCCAAUGACAAUUCCUCUCAGUCCAGCAUGGAGCAAUCAAGCCAUAUGGAUAGCAUUGAACCCAGAGCAUCAAAAAGAAGUUAUUUAAAUCUUGAUGAUAAAAGAGAUGCCUGCUCUUCUGGUAGUGCCAGUAGAGAUGAACCCUCUGCAGAGUCUCUGGAAGGAAAUCCCAGGUGUUUCCAGUCAAUGUCAGUGUCCAAUAAAAUGUCUCCGAAUACUGAUAAUAAUGAAGCCAACCAGAUUUCUAAUGCGGAUGGGUAUCACCAUCAAAAGGAAAAUGCCCAUUCUUCAGAAGGCAUUGCUGAAAAAAUGGAAACUGUAGAUGAGGAAGAGGAAGAAAUUGACAGGAAGGAGUGCAAGUCAGAUCAAUUACUGAGUGAGCCAGAACUAUCACUGAGUGAUUACAGUUAUUUUAGCCCUAGUCUAUCCUACUCUGACAGUGAUUCUGAAGCAUCCAGAGACAAUAUCUGUCAUACUGUCAAAGAUUCUCCUGGUCCCUUAAGAAGGCCAUCUUUGGGCACCAAGUUACAGGAAUCUGUUACAUCUAACCAUAAGAACCCUAAAAGAAAUGGUGUUAUAAGAACAUCAGGUAUCCAAAAUUGUUCAAGUCAUAAAAGACCUGUUUGGGAGGAAAGGAAGGAUCACAAUCGGAGACUCCGUAGAGUUCCGGAAUGGAGGAUCCUUCCUAAUAAUGAUAGCUAUACCUCUCCCACAUUUAGGGAUCGCUCAUCCCUUGAUUGUAGCAGACAGAUUGAAAAUCUGCAUGAUUUUGAUUAUCGAAAUGGAGAAGAUUUCUCUUAUAGUCGGCAGAAAGACCCUUCUUGUGGUUACAAUGGUAAAAGGUGCAGGGAUGACCAUGCUCAGGCUGUUUACAAAAAACACUGUCAUAGAAAAUAUAAUUUCAGCUUUAAAGAUGAGAUGAUUCCACAGAACAGAAGGGGUUGGAAUGAGAAGGAAUCUUUCCAUGAACAAAGCUGUAGAUUCGAUGAUCAAGAUACGUGCAAAGAUUUGUAUAGUUCUGGAAGAGGACUCUUUCCGGAGGACGUGAUUCCUCCCACUUAUUGGAGAUCAAGACAUUUGGCUUCCAAGUACAACAAUCACAAAGAGAGAGAAAUUCUAUGGAAAAGGAAGAGUGGAAACAUCCGAUUUCAGAAGAGCACUCACAGUAUGCGCUUGCUUGGUCAUGAAAAUGAAGAUGACUUAAUGCAAGAAAAUUGUGGAAGAUCUGUUCCACUGGCCAACCAGAAAAGGUUUUCGUUGAAUGAAAAAUGUGAAAGGCGCAACUUUAUUGGGAGAGAAGGGAAUUCUUCCAGUAGAAGGGUUAAAUAUGGUUGUGAUCCCUGUAUGGAUUUGAAUAGUUCAUGGAACAUGGAAACUGAAGAAGAUUAUUGCAAUCCACUUCAUCAACAUUUUUUCUCCAAGUAUCAGAGGGAAACUUAUGAUUCCAAUGAUGGAAGGUGGCAUGAGAUGUUGUCGUCAAGAAAUGUUAUGUUCAACUCCAGAUUAACUGAAAGAUAUAGAAGACCAAGGAGACGAAUAUGCAUCAGGGAGGGCCAGGAUCGUGGUUGGGAUGGUAGUUUUAAUGAUAAGAUUGAUGCUGAAGAUGGUAUCAUUUAUCCUGACGAUCAGGUUCAUUUGGAGAGGAGAAAAUAUAGCAGGAGAUCUAGAGUAGUUAAGUGGAAAGAGGAUGAAUCUAUUUUAAGGCAUCAUGUUGGCAAUCUUUAUGUCGAAAGGAAACCAUGUUUCUAUGGAGUAACUUCAACACAUGAAAUAAUUCAUGCUAAACAUAGAUCUGCCACUGGUGGGGUGGUGGUUAAUGGUAUGGAUUUUAGCCGGCAUAGCUAUAAAAUGAUCAGAGAAGGAAGUAAUGCUAGGUGUGUCAAUCGAAAUACUAGUAAGAUGUAUAGGAGGGGGCAUGAGAAGAUGGUCAGGAGGUGCUGUGAUCCAGAUGACCUGAAUGUUGGAGAAGUAAAGGUAAACUUAGGGAAGCUGAGAUCAAAACCUUGUACAACUGUACGUAAAAGUAUGUUUAAAAGGAUGGAUCUGAAGUUUGCCAAGGAGCCAAUGUGUUCGAUGGAUUUCAAUGAAUCCCAGACAGGAAUCCAAACUGAUGUUCUUGAAACUGGAGGCGAUGAUGAAAAGAAAUGGAUCGGUAAAUCUCAAGUUAUAGAGCACAAUGAAAAAUUGAACAUUGAAGAUGGCCAGAUAAUGGCAGAAGAAUCAAGCAUGGAAAGCAAGUUGGCAAAAAAAUGUGCUUUUAAAAGUGUGGUUCCAACUUGCAAUGUGAAGAAUAGAAAUUUUCUCUCUGAAAAUGCUUCCAGUAGAAACAAGAAUAAUGGGGCAGUUGAAAGUAAACGGAUACUGGACAUGAUAGCAAAGAUGGAAAAACGUAGGGAGCGCUUUAAGGAUCCAAUUGCACAGAAAAAGGAACUGGACAAGACUUCCGAACCCCAAGUUGAAGUGGUGAUCGAUACAGUUCCAGCUAACCAAGAUAGGCCAGCCAGAAAGAGACAAUGGGGUGGAACUUAGGUUUUUGCGUUCGCAGGUAUAUUGCAUUUAUCCUUUCUUAAUCAUCCUUUCUGGGUCUCCAGGUUUACCUCAGACUGUCUAUUGAUGGAUAGAAGCGGGCAAAUUAUCAUGGAAAUUACUUCUCGAUGACUGACAAAUCAUGUGGAGUUCCGGUGGAAAUAUUUUCAUUUUUCUUGAUUUAAUAAAUGCCAUGCAUUAUUUAAUUGUGCUGAUACACAUCUAUGAUGCUCAUCAUAGUGGUAAUUUGAUAUUUAAUUGAUGGCAACGACAAGUCUCUGUUGUAUGAUAUUCAGAGCUUGAUCAUUGUUUUCUUUCA